AUGUCCGCUGGGUCUAGAGGGCCGGACCCUCUGCGACGCCCGUGCGACCGCUGCCGCCAACGCAAGUCGCGAUGUGUGCGAGAGCCGGAAAAAGACAAUUGCAUGUUUUGUAAUCUGAAUAAUCUUGAAUGUACCUUUCUUCAUGGCCCCCGCGCGCGAAAACCGACAGUCAGAGAAUCACCUCCAAACCGAACGGGGGAAACAAAACUUCAAGAUCCCCAUGGCUCUCCCACAUUAUCGACGGCCUCCACCAUCGACCAGGUCCCGUUCGACCAGGCCAAUUCAUUACUGGAUGGCACGCUUGGCCUAGAACUGCAUCUGCAUUCCGAAUAUACGGGACCUGCAAGCUACCAUGAGCCUGCACUUCUGGACCUGAGGCCUCCUUUUUGCUCCGCUGUGGGCCACGGCAAAUGCUUUCCUCGGAGAGUCGAUCAAUGCACCGCAUUCAUCACGUACCCGGAUGAGGACUCGGCCUCCGAGAUGCAGCGCAUCGCUGAUCUAGAUCGUAUCGAAGAAUCUAUUCGUCCCUUAGGCCCAACCCUGGUGAAUCUUUACUUUCGAAUCAUGCACCGCACCUUUCCAAUCUUGGACAAGGGCGUGUUCCUAGAGAAAUAUGCCCGAUCAUACCGCAAUUUUUCCCCACCGCUCCUUGCUGCUGUAUAUCUAGUCGCCUUGGACUGGAGGCUUUUCGACAGAAAUUUAGUGACUGCCCCUCAACUGCCCGAUGCGGUCGUCCUGGAGAAUCUGGCCAUCCGCGCCAUGGACGAUGAUCUGAAGCGACCCAAGCUCUCCACAUUACAGGCCGGCUUGCUAUUAUUACAGCGAAUGAGAUCUGCCCAUAACACGUUUCCGGCCCAACUCCUGGCUCUGGGACAAACCUUAGGCAUUCAUGUUGACUGCAGUGACUGGGAGAUCCCGGAGUGGGAGAAAGGCCUACGAAGGCGACUCGCCUGGGCGCUCUACAUGCAGGAUAAAUGGGGUGUUCUCGUCCACGGCCGGCCCUCCAUGAUCCCGGCCCAGGUGGAUGUCGAUGACGGUACAAGCGACUGGACAGUGAGCCCAUGUAAACUGAAGGAUUUUCCAGAAACCGCGGCCGGGGAGGAGAACGGGGAAGGGAGCGUGGACGGUCCAACGGCGCGGGCUGCAUUUCUGCAGUCCAUUGAACUGACCAAAAUCUUCAGUCGUAUUGUGUCGACCUUCUGCUCCACAAGCGCGACCAGAGCCGGUGGGUUGCUAAGUCGGAUAGGAGCCUCAGGAGCUCUCGACCUAGCGAAACCUUUGGCGCUGGAGUUACGCGAAUGGCAUGCUGCUUUGCCGGCAAGCCUCCAGCUAGAGUCCACACCAUCAUUACGAUUGUCGACCAAUGGGGCCCUGCAUUUAUCAUAUAUGGCCGCACAUUUAAUCAUUCACCGUGCGUUACUUCGUGCUCUCAUCCCGAAGACUACGCCUUCUCUACGUUCAACGAUCCGGGCAGCCGCUCAUGCCCGCCUUCUAUCAGCCAUGGCUUUGAUCGGGUCAUUUCAGCCUGAACAUUUUCAAUCAUUUUGGGGAUUUGCAGCGGCAGCCCAGGUGGCUUUGGUCGGCACAUUUGCCGGACUGCUGUGGGCGACCAGCGCCGAAGUGAAUGAGGCAGCGGUGUAUGUAGAGCAACUCGAAAAGCUCCGCUGGAUCCUGCAGGUGCGGGCCUCCGCAGCUCCAUUUGCUCGCGAAGGACUUCGAAUGCUCGAUGAAGAGGUCGGCGACCUAGCCGCAAUCAAGGCAGCCACAUUCCGCGACAUGUAA